AUGCCAGAGAAGGCAUACUUGUCUCCUCUCAGCGCCUCGUCGGAAGAAACGCUCUAUCCUCACCUAUCUUUUCAGGAGCUCUCCGAUAUAGAUUUAUUUGGCAGCCAAAGAACGAUAGUUACAGAUUUUCCAGAUUUCCCUCCAUUUUACCCACAAUCCGAAGAAUCCCUGAUUCGACAUGACAGCAUUUCAGAAGAGAAGGACGCAGUGGCUGAUGACAGGCCUCCAGAUGGAGGUCUACGAGCGUGGCUAGUAGUCAUCGGCGGAUUCCUAGCAUACUUUGCAACUUUUGGUUUGCUCAACACCUUCGGCACUUUCCAAUCAUACUAUCAAAGAAAUCUUCUACCUGAUAUGUCUGGCAGCGUAAUUGCAUGGAUAGGUUCCUUACAAAUCUUCUUCCUAUUCAUCGGCGGUAUGGUCAUCGGGCCUCUAUACGAUUCGUAUGGAGCCAGGCCACUCGUCAUCCCCGGAUCACUCGUCUACGUUCUCUCCAUCAUGUUCACCAGCAUUUCAACGAAAUACUACCAGCUCAUGCUUGCACAGGGCGUCAUGUUUGGCAUUGGAAAUGCAAUGCUAUUCUACCCAACAAUAUCAUCCAUCACACAAUGGUUCGACUCAUGCCGCGGCCUCGCUCUCGGUAUCGCCGUCUCAGGCUCCUCUCUAGGUGGCAUAUGCUGGCCGCUCCUAAUCCAAUACCUUCUAGACCACAUCGGAUUCGGCUGGGCGACGCGGAUCACCGGCUUCAUCUGCGUGGGACUCCUAACUCCAGCCUGUUGGUUGAUUGCUUCUAGACCGGUAACUUCGCAUUCACAGCACAGUGAACCACCCCCGAAGCUAGACUUUAUCGGUAUUCUCAAGGACUGGAAAUACACCCUUUUUAGCGCCGGCAUGUUCUUCGUUCUGUGGGGGAUGUUCAUCCCGUUCUUCUAUCUGCCUACUUAUGGCCAGGCGCACGGGAUGAGCGAAAGUGCCGCGAAUAACUUACUUGCGUAUUUGAAUGCAGGCUCGCUGGUAGCGAGAGUCGUGACGGGUUUUAUUGCUGAUAGAUUUGGGAGAUUCAACGCCAUGUUCGGCUGCGCUCUCGGCUGCGGUAUCCUCCUCUUCGGUCUAUACGGCAUCACAUCCAUCGCUGCAAUCAUCGCCUUCGCUGUCCUCUACGGCAUUUUCUCCGGUGGUCUAAUCUCGCUCCAAUCCGCUUGUAUCGCUCAAAUCACCCCAGACCACAGAAUCAUCGGUGUCAAGAUUGGUAUCAUGAUGGCUAUCUGUUCGUUUGGAGGCCUAACAGGCUCCCCCAUCGGCGGCGCCCUAAUCACAGCCAACCACGGCGGUUUCACAGGCAUGAUUGCCUUCAGCGCCGUCAUUCUAACAGCUGGAGGAUUCCUUGUGCUCCUUGCUCGAUUCAUAGCCGCUCCGAAAUUACGCGUAUUUUGA